AUUACCCCAUUCCGCUUUUGGUUUUGGACAAGUCCUGUUUAAUGUCCAAACCCAUGCUAAACGUUGUUUGACUUCGAUGCUAUAAGAAGCUGUGUGGUUGGUUCGUUAUUGUUGUUAUGCACACACCAGGGGUUUGAUAUGCUGAAUGUGUGCGACUGCCAAAUUCCAUACCAAGAUAUCAUGGCCCUUACUAUCAGUGCACAGUAAAUGGUGGUAAUAAUGCAAUUUAAGCGACUCCUUCGUAGAAUAAACCAGACAACCAUCACCACCGGCCUUAAUCACCAAACUCGCUAUUAUGCCCGCGACCCAUUUCCCAACAAGGUCUCUCACUACCUCUAUCGAGCAAAACUCAUCGAUUCAAUUCGUCUUGCGCUCCGUUCCAACCCUCCCACCUCUCUUUCCCCUCUCUUGAACGAUCGUCUUCUCGACACUUUCGUCGUCACUCACGCGCUCCGAUCGGCUCCCUCUGCUGAUGCAGCUCUCUCUGCCAUUGAAGUCCUUGAGACACUCCCGGAUUUUUCGCAUACCCAAAAUACUUUCCAUGCACUGGCCACGGUCCUCGCCAAGUCCCGGCGAAAUGGGGAACUCAAAUCCUUGAUUGACGCCGUUCAUGUUGGAAGGUUGCGGAAUAUUCGUGUCAGCUUCAUGAACCUCAUGCAGUGGUAUGCCACCGCCGGAGACAUUGAGUCGGUCUUUCGGGUGUGGGAUGAGUACAGAGUUGCCAAUGGUAAAGUGUGCACCGAGUCAUAUAACAUUAUCAUGCGCCUCCAUGUAGAAAUGGGUAAGGACUCCGAGGCCGUGAAGAUUUUCCGGAGGUUGAUUAAUGAAGGGGCAAUUCCCAAUAGCAGAACUUACACGAUAAUGAUCGAACACCUUGUGAAAUCUGGAAAGCUGUAUGCUGCACUGGAGGUGUUCAAUGUAUUGCCUCUGAUGAGGGUCAAGCGGACUUUGAAUCAGUUUUCGGUUUUGGUUGAAGGAUUUAUUGGUAUCAGACAAUUUGAUGUUGUUCAGACUUUACUUAAGGAAAUGCAGGUUGAUGGGAUAUUGCCAGGCCGAGCUAUGCGUUUGGCGCUGGAACGAAUGCAGGAGGAGGGUUUUCUGCAAGAGACUGAGGAAUUUCUGAGAGAAAUGAUGCCGGAUGAGAGAAUCAAGAGUAUAGAGUUUUGUGUUGAUAACAGCGAUGAGGAACAGGACGAUGUUAUUCAUUCAAGUGGAGGAGAUGUUGAUCGGAUUGAGUUGAAACCAUGGUUAGACCCCAGAGCAUUAACCAGUGCCUUGAAAAACUGGAACCCUGAAGAGGUAUCAGCAUUGGAAGAUGCAAAAUUUGUGUGGACAACUCGGUUAGCUUGCAAGAUUCUUAGGAAUUUUAAUUCACCAGAGACAGCUUGGAAAUUCUUCUGUUGGGUUGCUUACCAACCAGGAUUCACUCAUGACAUUUACACGGUACAGAGAAUGAUGGCUGUUUUAGCACGCCAUGGUCAUGCUGAGUUAAUCGAUAAACUCUUAUCCAAAGUAAGGAAGGAAGGAAUGAGAUUGCCCUUCUGCACUAUCAGAUUGAUUAUUGACUUAUAUGGCAUUUCAAAGAAUGCCGAAGCUGCUUUAAAGGUUUUUCGUGAUGAUAGAAAUCUAUGCGAGCCCAUUUCUAAAUUUAAUAUGAUGCUAUUGUAUUCAUCUCUUUUACGGACACUAACCAAGUGUAGGAGAAACACAGAUGCCUUGGAUAUACUUGAUGAGAUGAUUUUACAAGGGAUUUUCCCUGAUAUCCAGACAUUUUCUGGGUUGAUGCAUCAUUUCGCACAAAAUGGAGACAUUAAAACUGUUCAGAGACUCUUUGGAAUGGUUAGGCAGAGUGGACUUGAGCCUGAUGCUUAUAUGUUUAAAGUUUUAAUCCAAGCUUAUUGCAAAUGUGGGAGAGCAGCACUUGCAUGGAGAGUUUUUGAAGACUUGAAGAAUUUAAAGUUGAUGCCUGAUGCUGGAACGAAAGAGUUGCUUGUAAAGAGUCUUUGGAAGGAAGGCAAGCGAAGAGAGGCUGCUGCUGUGGAAGAGAGCUGUGAGGAAAUAAAUGAUGUCCUUCCACUUACAUUGCGGGGUCACAUAUGGACGGUUAGCUCUGCAGAUCUCACAAACGUUUUUAACAUUUAUUCAAAUAGCUUUACUUAAAUGGAGGUUGGUAGAGUUUCUACUGGAUGUUGAAAUAGUUAAUGAUCUGUUUCAUGGUGAACACUUCAAGACUUAAGAUAGAAGCUUAAGAGAAUGAUUUUUGAUGCCAACAAAAUCAAGUUUAUGUCCUUAUUCAGCUUAUCAUAAAUGGAUUACAUGCAAGAGACAAAGGGGUAGUCACCAAAAUUUUUAUAGUUGUCGUUGUUCGUUGUUUCUUAUAGGUGGUUUAUUAUUGGCUUUUUGUAGUCAAGUACUACACCUCUA